AUGCAGCAGACCGAGAAGAUGUCGUCGAGCAAGGACGAGGAGAUUGCGCAGUUGAGAGACGAGCUGUCGCAAAUCAACCACCUCGCGCGACGGGAACUGGACGAGAGGGACGCGUACAUCCAGACCCUUGUUGAGAACGGCCGGCGGAUUCAGAAUGACCAUGCGAGCACUGUCCAGCAGUUGCAAGUCGCACGUGAGAAAAUCGCAGAGCAGGAGUCGUUGAUCGCAUCUCUGCGUUCGGAGUACCAGAAUUUCAGCGACACGAAGUCAAAUAUCGAACAGGGCCGUACGAGCACUCUCGAAAUCCAGCAGGGCAUGCAAUCGACGACUGAAGGCUUGAAGAAUGAAGUCGAAUUUUCGGAAGCUCGUUUCUCUCAAGCAGAAAACAUCGACAAGCCUGAUGUUGACAUGGAAGAUGCAAGUGGUGAAGACCAGAACGAGAAAGGUUCAGCGAUCGACGACAGCGGCUUUUUUGACAUGGAUACUGAUGACAAGGAGAAUGCGCUCGAGCUGUCUUCGCCACAAGCUGAUCGUGACAGCCAAGCGAGGCGUACUCCUGAGAAGCCUGUGCGAACAGUCAAGUCAUUGUCUCUGGAAACUGUUCAGUAUAAGCAGAUCAGCAAGAAGGGCGAAGAGAAAUUCAAGAAGAAACGUGCUACUCCCCUAAAGCGAUUCGUUACAGCUUCGGAGAAGCCGAAGGGAGAGCAGACCUCCAAAGACAUCAAGUCGGCCGAAGCUAUGCAGCAAAUUGUACAAGACCAUCAAGCCGCAGAGAAGGCAAAGCUUGAAGAGAACAUCAAUCAAAUCAUGCAUGAUGCAGUCCGAUUCUUCCGCGAAGGCGAGUACCAACGCGUCCCGUACAACAGGAUGUUGUGCAAUGCCGAGAAAACCGAGUUCGUACUCUCCAUCCAGCGCGAAGCUGCGCAACAGCCUUGCCAGGCGAGAGUCACCGAGAAAAUUUUCGAUCGAAAUAUGGAGAGCCUGCUUUUGUUGCCAUUGCCAGAGACGCUCGACGAUGAAAACGCCAAGAAGAAAUUUGCACUCGCGUGUCUUUACGCGCAAAUUCCAGAUGUGCAGGCGGACGCGGCAAAAUCCUUCCUGACUGAAGAAGAGUACACCGCUUACUGCAACCGAUGCUUUAGCAACGGCAAGCUCAAUGCCCCGCUAUCUUGCAAGCAAAACCUGUCAUGCCCCUCUAAGAAGUGGGAGGAAGUCGUAAAUACGCUGUCGACAUACAAGCGUUUCCAGACUGCAGCUCGAUUUUGGGCAAAUGGCGAGAAGGCGUCGAAUGAGCUGCAAUGCUGGCCACCGACAUUCCUGGAUGUCGAGAAACAGGAGUCGUGUACAAUAUACCAGGACCAGGCCGAGUGGGCAUUGCGCGGUUUAGAGGAGAUUUUGUAG